CAAGCAAGGUUGCAAGGUCUCUCAUUUCAGUGGGAGCGUAAGGCAGAAUUGGAGCACUGGAAAGCAUGAAGUGCUAGACAAAGAGGCUUGAAACUAGAAAGUGAAUAGAAGACUGAGUGUAAAGGUCUGUUAAGUUCCAAAUUGUGAAAUUCAGCAAUGUUACACUGUGGAAAAAAACAUAUUUGUGGUGGUGUUGCAUGUAUUUUUUUUGGAAGCAUUUUAAUCUGCUCCUGGAAAGAUCUUCAGCUACAGAAUAACAUAACUAGAAAAUUCUUCCCCCAGGCAACAACUGCCAGUCCAGCAGGUCAGCUUUGUAGGGGAAAACCUGCUCAAAAUGCAAUAACAGCAUUAAAAGAUAACAGAACUUUUAUUAUAUCCCCAUACUUUGAUGACAGAGAAAGCAAAGUCACUCGUGUGAUUGGGAUUGUUCAUCAUGAAGAUGUAAAACAACUAUACUGCUGGUUCUGCUGUCCACCCGAUGGAAAGAUAUAUGUAUCAAAAGCAAAAAUUGAUGUUCACUCAGAUAGAUUUGGAUUUCCUUAUGGUGCAGCAGAUAUAGUUUGUUUGGAACCCGAAAACUGUGAUCCAACACAUGUAUCAAUUCAUCAGUCUCCACAUGGAAAUAUUGACCAGCUGCCAAGGUUUGAAAUUAAAAACCGCAAGGCUGAGACCUUUUCUGUUGACUUCACUGUAUGCAUCUCUGCCAUGUUUGGAAAUUACAACAACGUUUUGCAGUUUAUACAGAGUAUGGAAAUGUACAAGAUUCUUGGGGUACAGAAAGUGGUGAUCUAUAAGAACAACUGCAGCCAUCUGAUGGAGAAAGUCUUGAAGUUUUAUGUGGAAGAAGGAUCUGUAGAGAUAAUUCCCUGGCCAAUAAACUCACACCUCAAGGUUUCUUCUAAAUGGCACUUUUCUAUGGAUGCAAAAGACAUUGGCUACUAUGGACAAAUCACAGCUCUAAAUGACUGUAUAUACCGUAACAUGCAGAGAAGCAAGUUUGUGGUUCUUAAUGAUGCUGAUGAAAUAAUUCUUCCCCUUAAGCACCCAGACUGGAAAUCAAUGAUGAGCAGUCUUCAGGAGCAAAACCCAGGGACUGGCAUUUUCCUCUUUGAGAACCAUAUCUUCCCAGAAACCAUAUCUACUCACAUGUUCAACAUUUCAUCCUGGAAUACUGUGCCAGGUGUUAACAUAUUACAGCAUGUUCACAGAGAGCCUGACAGGAAAGAUGUAAUCAAUCCCAAGAAAAUGAUAGUUGAUCCACGAAAGGUGAUUCAGACUUCAGUCCACUCUGUCCUACGUGCUUAUGGGAACAGUGUGAAUGUUCCCAUGGAUGUUGCCCUCAUUUAUCACUGUCGGGUGCCCCUUCAAGGAAACCUUCCCAGAGAAUCCCUCAUCAGGGAUACAACACUGUGGAGAUAUAACUCAUCAUUAGUCAUGAAUGUUAACAAGGUGCUAUAUCAAACCGUACUGUAAGCUCAAAAGUGAAACCUCGGUUAUAAGGAGGGACAGUGGAGAGCUACCCAUAUCAUGGAGAGGCAGAGAAUAUCAUUUAAAGGUCACGUUAAAAUCACUUCCAUGGGAAGUUUACGUCUUACAGAGAUUUAGGAGAACAGCCCUUUUAUGUACUGUGCAAAGGUAAAUGCAUUUCAUUUGUGAACUGAAUCAAAAUAUCCAGGGAAGAGAUUUUCAAAACCAAAAAAAAUUAUUUGAUCCAAGAAGGAUGGUUGAGGCCUCAGUCCACUGUUUUCUAGAGAUGUUUGCAUAUGGUUGGGAAGAGCCUGAUGACAUUGUUGUUACAUGUCUUUGCAGGAAAUUGGUGUGACAUACCUCUCACCAGGGAUACAUCCCUUUGGAGAUACAUUAUACAUCUUUGGCUCUGAAAGUUAACUCUGUUGGGUAUUCUACAAUUUUAAGUGCAGCAAUGAAAUGUAAAGAUGUUGCAAUAGGCAUUUAAUGCUAUGUUUUCCCCAACAAUAAAUGCACUGUAUAUUUAAGAUCAUCUAUUACUGACGGGAAUGAAGGUCUGUAAUUUAUGGCCUUCACCACGAGAAAAAAUCCCACCAUAG